AGGAGAGGCUCCCUGGCCAGCUCCCUUCCCCUCUGGAGGGCCGGCAUUUAUGGGCUGGGUUCUGGGAAAGCCAGAUUGCAUCAGACAGGGCCUGAAGGACUGAGGCCAGUCUGUGGUCUGAGGACAGCCUUAUAAGUAUGGGUGAGUGAGCUGGGAGAAGACAGGCGCUUACUCAGGAAACCAGACACAAACAAAACCUUAGGAGAAGAGGAGAGAGAGAGUGGCCAGACAUGAUGGCCACCUUGCCCCAUGCCGCCAGCCCCUCCCAGCAGCCCCCAGGCCCGGAGGACGAAGACGCCAGCCUGGAUGAGUACGACCUCUACGGCCUGGCCCACCCUCAUGUGGCUGGUGGAGGCCGGAAGGGUCGCACCAAGAGAGAAGCUGCCGCCCACACCAACCGCCCCAGUCCUGGCGGGCACGAGAGGAAACUAGUGACCAAGUUCCAGAACUCAGAGAGGAAAAAGGCCCAGCGCUGAGGCGAGCUGGAGGUGAAGUCAGACCACGGACACUCCACCCAGCCAUGAAGACAGGAUUGCGAGCAAUUGACCCGGGGGGCCUGCUUGCCCCCCACCCCAACCCUAGGACUCACCCCACCCGAGUGAGGCUCCAGGCGACCACCAAGGAAGCACCUCCAGGCCCAGCAAAAGGGCAGGAUCGGGGCAAGGCAGGGAUGGACAGGCAGAGGCAGGACGGUACCCCUCCCAAACAGAAGUGCUGAAGGCACGGGAGCCCCCACUAAGGCGGCAGUGGCAAUAAACAAACCCAGCAGCAGCAACUUCUCUCCCUGUGUUGUA